GAUUUCACCAGAUUUGAUUUAGACUUUUUCUUGCAUAUUACUCCUCCUACUACGAUGGGAUGGGAUGGGAUGUGAGUGAGAGAAAGAGUAUAAGUGAAAAGAAAGAAAAAGACGUGUCCUGUCAUACUUAUUUUCAUACCGAAAUAUUCACCAUAAUUUUCUCUAUACAUCCACAAUACACCUCUCUCUCUCUCUCUCUCUCUCAUGUGUGUAUGAUGAGCUGAACAUUCUCUGUUAAAUUUGUGAAGUUUAUUAUUCUUCAUCUGGACUGUUGAGAUUUCUUGAAAAUGGCGAAAAAUGGUGUCUUUUCAAGAUUGAGGAGAUUGGAGAAGAGUGAAGACACGGAUGAGUUCUCCGCCUGUAUUGAUUCUCAUGAAGUUCAUGUUCUUGCCGUGGAUGAUAGUCUUGUUGACAGAAAAGUCAUUGAGAGAUUGCUCAAGAUCACUGCUUGCAAAGUGACAGCAGUGGAUAGUGGGAGAAGUGCUCUGCAGUUUCUUGGAUUGGAUGAGGAGGAAACCUCUGUUGGAUUUCAUGGUUUAAAGGUAGAUCUGAUAAUUACUGAUUAUUGCAUGCCUGGAAUGACUGGAUAUGAGUUGCUGAAAAAGAUCAAGGGUUCAUCUACUUUCAGAGAAAUACCGGUUGUGAUCAUGUCAUCUGAAAAUGUCUUGGCUCGGAUUGACAGAUGUCUGGAAGAAGGUGCUGAAGAUUUUAUAGUGAAGCCUGUAAAGUUGUCUGAUGUUAAACGAUUAAAGAACUAUAUGUUUGGCGAGGGUCGGGUUCAGAGACAAGAGAGAGGUUUUAACAAGAGAAAAUUACAAGAAACUUGUGAUGUUUCACCGUCGCCAUCUCCACCAUCCUCACCAUCACCAGACGAUACUUUAUCAAGUCCGUCAUCACCAUCCAGUUCCUUACCAUUUUCGCCUCGGUCUUCCAGACAAUCCAUCCCUCCUUAACCUACGCCUCUUGAUUCUCUUGGUUACGAUGAGCUCGAAGAAUAGGAUUGUUGUAACAUGUUGGUGUUAUAAGGUUCCUUUUCUUGGCGCUACUGAUGUUGUUCAAAACCCAUAGAUAGAAUGUCAAUACAAAGUUAAAAACUCAGAAAAAGAUGAAUGCAGAAUUGCAAAUUGACUUUGUCACCUAAUUAUCUUCCUUGAAAGAUACACAGUGGUUGGAGUUGAA